AUAUGCUUUUGUCCAUUCACGCAAUCAUGUAUAUGAACAGCUUUUUUGUUUUUAAAUUGUAUGAAUGAAGUGGCAGCAUCUUUGCUUGGAUUAUAAGUGUUUCCUUUUAGGCCUAGAAGAAGCACUAGAGUCCUUGACAAUUGAAAGACAAAGAAAAAUGGGAAGGCAACCUUGUUGUGAUAAGGUUGGAUUGAAGAGAGGUCCAUGGACAAUUGAGGAGGAUCACAAGCUCAUCAAUUUCAUACUUAACAAUGGCAUCCAUUGCUGGCGAGCCGUCCCGAAACUUGCAGGUUUACUAAGGUGUGGAAAAAGUUGUAGAUUAAGAUGGAUAAACUAUCUCCGGCCGGAUCUUAAGCGAGGAAAUUAUACAGAAGCUGAAGAAAAUCAGAUCAUACAGCUUCAUUCACGUCUUGGUAACAGGUGGUCUAAGAUUGCUUCACAUUUUCCGGGACGAACCGAUAAUGAGAUCAAGAAUCAUUGGAAUACCAGGAUCAAGAAGAAGCUAAAGCUCCUUGGAUUAGAUCCAGUGACUCAUAAACCCAUUCAGCAAACAGAGACAAUUAGGGUUCCAGCUGAGCCUAAUUCAUCACAAGAAGAUGAGGCAGUGAAGGAAGAAGAUGAAACAACUGAGCUUCUGAGGAAUUAUGAGAUGUUAUGUGGUGGGUUGGACAUGGAAGCACUAAUGAUGAACCCAGAAAGAAGUAAUAACACUUGUUCAAGUAAUAAUACUCCUUCAUCAUCUCUUGAUCAAGAAUCAAACAACAAUAAUAAUCUGCGGAUUAAUGGCGAAUCACCGACGACAAAACAAGAUGAUCAUGAUCAUGAUCAUGAUUCUCUAAGGCAGUGGUUUGAUAGUGUUGAUUCUUUUCUAUCAUGGAAUGAAUGUUAAUUAG